AUGGAGACAGGCUGUAGAUACCCUACUUUGGCCUAUUCUUUCAAAAUAGGCAUAUCUACAGUCCAGAAAAUAAUUAGCACAACCUGCCAAGCUAUAUGGCAAACUUUGGUAGGUAAACAUAUGCCACCACCUACUCUCACUGACUUUGAGAGGAUAGCAAAGGAGUUUGAGGUGAAUUGGAAUUUACCGAAUUGUGUGGGAUGUAUUGAUGGAAAAAACUGCAGAAUUAGAAAGCCACCUCAUUCUGGCAGUGGGUUCUACAAUUAUAAACACUUUUUCUCUGUGGUUUUACAAGGAAUUGUGGAUGCCAAAGGCAAAUUUAUAACAGUCGAUGUAGGAAGUUUUGGCAGUGAAUCUGAUGGAGGUGUUUUUGCUAACUCCAAAAUAUACAAAAUGAUAGAAAAUGGAGAGAUACAAUUACCUCCUUCUAAAAGAUUGCCGAAUUCCAGCCUCCUUUUCCCACAUUUCUUUGCUGAUGAUGCCUAUCCUUUGAAGUCCUAUAUUUUAAAGCCUUAUAAAGGUAUCCUUACCCCUCAACAAGAGGCCUUUAAUUAUCGGAUAUCUCGUGCUAGGAUACAAGUCGAAUGUGCAUUUGGCAUCUUGAGAGCUAAAUGGAUGAUUUUUGAUCGUCCUAUGGAUACAAAACUAUCAAUUACUGAAUAUAUAAUAAAAACAUGCACAUUAUUGCAUAAUAUUAUUAUUGAUAAGGAAAGAUUUAUGUCUUUUAAUCCUAAAAUAAAAUCACCCCCUGAAAAUUUAUUUAAACCACAAUCAAUUAAAUCAGCAACAAAUAUUGCAAAAUUUAAUAGAAAUUUAUUAUGCUUAUAUUUAUAUAAAAAUCCCAUAUUAUAG